CUACAUUUCACGUAGGAUGACCUCGUUGUUAACCUAUGCAGUUUAGUUACAAAUCGUUUUGUUGAAAUUAAUGAAAAUUUUAGCGCUGUUAACCAACAGACUACGCAGGAAGUAAAUCGAAAGAAACAUUAAAAUUCAGAAUAUAGUGAUGUUAAUUGUCUGUAUAAAAGGAGCAUUUUAGUCUAGUGCUUAUCCACAUAAAUAUAGCACGUCCCAUAAAUAGUUUAUAACAACAUUGCUGUUUAUUAAUAUAAGUAAUAAAUCUAUUCAGUGAAAAAAGUGGCUGAUUGCUACAAUUGGUUCAAUUGUGGCAGUUAGGUAUUUCAAUGCUGUACCUAUUCUGUUUGACUGGUAGUUCUCAAAUUAAUAUUUCAUGACGAAAAUUCCAUCAGAAUCUGAUAAGUGUGUCAGCUAAAUGGACACGUGUUACAUGCUUGUAAGAUGUAUUGUUUAACUUCGCAUGAAGAAUGUAUGUGUAAAAGUAAAACAGGUAGAUGGUGGUGUGCGCAUGGCGGUGGUGACUCGCUACAACUCGUUCCUGUUGGGCAUUGCAUUUGCAUCCAUCACCUGGGCUGUGAGCCUCUACCUGUACUCAGUUAUUACCCAGGAAUCCUCAGCAAAGCUUGCCACCACCAGCAAAGCCCCUUUCAUUGAUGUUUCCACACCAAACAGUGAGAACAAUAUAAACUUUGAUCUUCAAAAUCAGCACAAUAUUAGUGCAGAUGCAUUUUUCCUUGAAGCUCCUUCCGAUAAGAAAUCGAACCACAAAGUAUAUCACAUUGCAGGUAAUGACAUUGACAUUCCAUUAGAACCAAAAGCUGAGGGUAAGAGUGUCCAUUCUCUGAAAAAUGGACACUACUGGAAUGGCUACAAGAACAGUGAUACUCUGAUCCACAAGCUGCAACCCAAGACACUGAAGCCUCAUAUUGAUGAAGUGGGGAUGGUUAAGACAGUCGAAGACCAGGCUUUGAAGAUGGAGGGAUACAAGGUGCAUGCAUUUAAUGUUCUGGUGAGCCGUGAGCUGAGCUACAACAGGGACAUUCCUGACACACGCCACCAUCUGUGUAAGAAGCAGAAGUACUCUGCUCAGUUGCCAGCAGCUAGUGUGGUGAUUUGUUUCUACAAUGAAGACUAUAACACCCUCCUGCGGACAGUGCAUAGCAUCUUAAACCGAACCCCUCAUACGUUCUUGCACGAGAUCCUCCUGGUUGAUGACAACAGUGACAUUGGUGGAUUGCAUGCAUCAGUUCAGGCCUACAUAGCAGCUAACCUCACAUCAAAAGUUACGCUUAUUGCAACAACUCGCAGAGAAGGUUUGAUUCGUGCCCGCAUGUUUGGUGCCAGGAAAGCCACUGGUCAGGUGUUGGUAUUCCUGGACAGUCACAUAGAAGUGAACCGUGACUGGCUGCAGCCUCUACUGGCAAGAAUUGUUGUAUCUCACUCUGCUGUUGCUGUGCCUAUUAUUGAUAUCAUCAACGCGGACACGUUCGAUUACAGUGCAUCUCCGCUUGUGCGUGGAGGAUUCAACUGGGGGCUACACUUCAAGUGGGAGAAUCUUCCUACAGGCACGCUGGCCAUCGAAGAAGACUUUGUGAAGCCUAUCAGAACUCCUACUAUGGCUGGUGGACUGUUUGCUAUUGACAAGUCGUACUUUGAGGAGAUUGGAGAAUAUGACUCUGGAAUGAACAUAUGGGGAGGAGAGAACCUUGAAUUAUCAUUCAGGGUCUGGAUGUGUGGUGGAAAACUGGAGCUGGUUCCAUGCUCAAGAGUAGGUCAUGUAUUUAGACGGCGACGUCCCUAUGGGUCACCAACAGGGGAAGAUACAAUGACAAGAAACUCGUUACGUGUUGCAAAUGUUUGGCUUGAUGAAUAUAAGGACUACUUCUUUAAGAUACGACCUGAUGCUAGAAAUGUGCCAUAUGGUGAUGUCAGUGAACGGAAGCGGCUACGAGAGAGGUUAAAGUGCCAGUCAUUCAAGUGGUAUUUGGAUAACAUAUACCCAGAACUCACCCUGCCAACAGACAGUGAGCAGCGGCUUAAGAAGAAGUGGGAUGCUCUAGAACCACAAAAGUACCAACCAUGGCACUCACGGCGACGCAACUAUGUCUCUCAGUUCCAGCUUCGCCUUAGCAACACAUCCUUGUGUCUCACAUCAGAGAAAGAUACAAAGACAAAAGGCUCACUGCUCAUACUGAAGAGCUGCUUGCGCAUGAAGAACCAGAUCUGGUUUGAGACUGAUCGAAGUGAGUUUGUAUUAGCAACAUUGCUAUGUCUGGAUGCGUCGGAAACAUUUCCAAAGUUGGGAAAAUGUCAUGAGAUGGGUGGGGACCAAGAGUGGAAACACCGAGGCACUAAUGAGACACCUGUUUACAACAUGGCAGCAGGCACCUGUUUAACUGCUCAAAGGGCUGUGUCAGGAGAAUAUGCAGUGAUGGAACUUUGCUCUCUCUCAGCCAACAACAAGUGGGACUUUGUAGUAACAUGAUUAAUUGUAAUAAUAGUAGACAUUUUUAUAUGGGUGGUUUAUAUAAAAAUAAAAUAAACAGUUUGUUUAACAAAGUGUUUGUUGCUGUCUGUUUUGUUGACUAGUAUUUCAUAACCCCAUUAUGGAUAAAUUGGUUCAGAAUUCUAGUACUGUAAAGAAUUUUUACCACUAAA